AUGGGUAACAUCUGCGGCAAGGAGGACCGCGACAGCUCCCCGCCCGGCCGCGUCCUCGGCUCCACACCCACGCCCAAGACCACCUCGUCCGUUCCCAAGACUGUAGCCGGCCCGCGGACGCUGGGCGGCGUCCCCGGAAGUCCCGGCAGCUCCGGUGGCCAAGACGACGCGAGGAAGAGGGCGGCCGAGGCGGCCGAGGCGAGGGCCACGGCGGCGAGCAAAGGUGGCAAGCUUCAAUCCCAACUCACGGCGCAGAAGAAGCAGUCGACAGCCGAGAUGCUGAAGCACGCGAGCGAGGCAGACCGCCGCGCCCGGGAUGCCGACCAUGCCGCCAAGGCUCGGAACUGGGACUAG